CAAAAGCCCUUCCCAAUGGUCGACAUUCACUAAAAUCCCCUUCAUGUCGUUCCCAUUGUCUGUUUUACGACUUGAGAAAUUGCUCACUUGUGCAAUAUGCGACAGUCCAUUGCAAGCUCCACGUCGGAUAAAUCCUUGUGGACAUCUUUUCUGCCUUGAUUGUUUAGAGGAAAAACUCCAGACGGAAGAUCGUUGUCCAACGUGUGGUUAUUCGGUCACAGCGGAAGAUAUCACAGAAGACCGCGUCCACCAGGACAUGGUGCGGUACCUGGGCAAGCUUAAGGAAACUUUGAUUGGAACGUCGCUGACUCCUUUCACUGCAAGCCUGGGGGCAAUGAAUACGUUUGACAGCUCACGGACGAAAAGAAAAGGCGUCGAUUAAUCGUAAACACUUUAAAUCAGUUUUAAGGAUUUCUCCUGCGAACUGAAGUCGUCCCAAUAUCCGCCAUGCCGCUUUGAACAUCACCGAACCAGCAACAACAGAGUUCCGCCAUUAUACCAACACCCACCGUUCCAUGCUGAAGAAUUUCAGUUUUUCAUCAGCACUUUACCUCAAUAAUACUAUUGUGCUUUUAUGGGUACGUCUUGAAGGUACAUGUCGUAUUUUCGAUCGGAUUCUGCCGGAAACAGAAAGGCUGAUGUAUUCAUGGGAAAUACCAACUCUGUCACGGCAAAUGGGUUUAAUCCUUAUCCCAAUAUCACGCACACUACCCGUAUUACAUGCCAAUACCGUUUUUAAAUAAAUACAAAACUUUUUUUUUC